GCAGAGUGUCCCCUCAGUAACGGAGCACUGCUGUGGCUUUGAGAGGACUGGGCUGUUUCACAUAAACUCCUCCUCGGUCUGAGCUCAGAGGAAUAGAAACCAACCUUUCCAACCUUAAAGGAAGUCACAGGUCUCAGCCACCGUCGUGUGAGGGACAAUACACACUCUUCAAGCGGUUAUUCAUCUCAGGAGAGGAUCUCCACCAGCAACCUGCUCGGUAAUGAAAAGCUUUGCGUUCAGGAAACCACGCUUUUAAACAGGUGUUGUGAUUAUUCUGUUCAUGGAAGUCUUGGGCGUGUCAGUGCGCAGCCCUCAUCGGCCUCGUUUCUUUGGUCUGUGCCAUCCAUCUCACCAUGGGCAGCCUGCUGAGCGGGGCCAGUAAAGGGGCCCGUGCCCUUCACUCAGAACAGACCUCAUCACGUCAUAGAUGCCCCUCGCUGUCUUUGCCCCUGUAUGAGUAACUGUUGAGGAAACAAUAAAGCCUAAAUUCCUCUUAGUUCGAACAAAAGAGCCAUGCAUCCGCUGCUGCCCCUCUGUGUCUUUUGGCUGCUGCCCCUGGCUUGGACGCUGGAAGAAGACACACCACUGGACUGUGUCCCCCGUAGAUCUGUGCCUUACCAUAGGGACAACGCACACCUGUUUCAUGAGGAGGGAGUGUUCAACUACUCCACCAUGCUGUUGAGAGAAGAUCUGGACCUGCUAUUGCUGGGCGCCAGGGAGGCAGUGUAUGCUCUUGACCUCAAGGACAUCUCCAAGAAACUUGCUUCAGUAAAAUGGGAAGUGACCCAACGGCAAAAAGAUGAGUGUAGAAACAAAGGAAAGAAUCCAGAGACUGAGUGCAAGAACUAUAUCAGGAUCCUGCAUCAGACGGAGGAUAACCGGAUGUAUGUGUGUGGAACCAAUGCUUUUGAUCCUGAGUGUGAUUACAUGUCCUACACAAAUGGAAAGCUGACUCUUGAGAAGAAAGCAGAGGAUGGCAAAGGGAAGUGUCCUUUUGAUCCAUUCCAGAGAUAUGCCUCCAUCAUGGUUGAAAACAACCUAUACUCAGCCACUUCAAUGAACUUUCUGGGCUCUGAACCCGUCCUGAUGCGCAGCUCUCCGGUCUCCAUACGCACUGAGUUCAAGAGCUCCUGGCUUCACGAGCCCAACUUUGUUUCCAUGACUCAGAUGCCAGAGAGUUAUAUGAGUGAGGAGGGAGAUGAUGACAAGGUUUACCUGUUCUUCAGCGAGACAGCUGUGGAGUGCGACUGCUUCAACAAACUGGUGGUUUCCCGCGUGGCCCGUGUCUGCAAGGGUGAUCUUGGAGGCCAGAGGACCUUGCAGAAGAAAUGGACAUCCUUCCUGAAGGCCAGAAUGGACUGUCCAGUGCUGGAGUCUCAGCUGCCGUACAUUAUCCAGGACACUUACCGCUUGUGUGACCCACAGCAGCCCUGGAAGGACUGUCUGUUCUACGCCAUCUUCAGAUCACAGUCGGACACAUCAGACCUGUCGGCGGUGUGUGCGUACCGCGUGUCUGACAUCAGCAAAGUGUUUGCGGAGGGGAAGUACAAGACUCCCGUCCCCGUAGAAACCUCUUUUGUUAAGUGGGUGAUGUACAGCGGAGAUGUCCCUGUCCCUCGGCCCGGAGCUUGUAUAGACAAUGCGGCUCGUAAAGCGGGCAUAAAUCAGACCCUGGACCUCCCAGACCGGACCCUUCAAUUUAUCAAAGAUAGGCCCCUCAUGGACCAAGCUAUCCAGCCAAUAGGAGAGAAGCCUCUUCUGGUGCGAAGGGGAGCCACAUUCACACGCAUCAUAGUCAACCAAGUGCAGGCAGCAGAUGGAGAGAAGUACUCUGUGAUGUUCAUCGGCACAGAGGAAGGCACGAUGCUGAAAGCGGUGAACUACAAUGGAGAGAUGUUCAUCAUAGAGGAAGUGCAGCUCUUCCAGCCCCCAGAGCCAAUCAAGAUUUUGAAAUUUUCCAAUGUCACGGGUCAGCUCUAUGCAGGCUCAGACUACGGAGCAGCACAGAUACCACUGGCCACCUGUGGGAGGUCAUUAUGCUGUAUGGACUGUGUUCUAGCCAGAGACCCAUACUGCGGCUGGGACAUAGUUGUUCAGGAAUGUGUUCUCCUUUCUAAUUCACUUAGAGGACUAAUCCAAAGUGUGAAAGAGGGAAAUGCCUCUCUCUGCCCAGGAGCUGACCCUGUGAAGCCGAUGAAUCAGUCCAUCUGGCCUGGGGGAAACCUGAAGCUUCGAUGCCCAUCACCUUCCAACAUGGCAAAAACCAGUUGGGAGCAGGACGGCAGCCCUCUGACGCCAUCUACUCGCCUUCAGCUUCUACGAGACGGACUGCUUAUCCUCAACGCCACAGACUCUGACACCGGUCGGUACAGCUGCCUGACCGCCGAGCACUCCAAAGCUGGCUUGUUUACAACUACUGUGGCUGAGUACCAGGUUAGAGUGGCUCCAGGAUCUGGCGACAGGAAUGCGAUUCUUCCUUGGGCUCAGAUGGACGGCCCCUCUGUGGCUGGACUGCAGGCCGUGGUCGUGCUCCUUGUAGUUUCUCUUCUUGCCCUUUUGGCUUGGAACUUUUACAAAGGCCACAUACCGCUGCCCUGGAACUGUGCAAAGAAGAAUAAAGAGCAAUCCCAGGAGAACCAUGAGCAGGGUGGUCUGGACGCCAACCAGGAUGCAGUGAGGUCAGCAGCGGCAGAGGACAAGCCCCUGGUGUCGGGAGCAAACAACGGCCAUAGCAGCAACCACACGGGAGGGGAGGUGGCUUUCAGUGCGGCUGAAGAGGAGAGUGACGGCCAAAAAGUUACGCUUCCAUCUUUCCAGUUCAUUGAUGACGAGUCAGAAAUUUGAAACUGACAAGCGCUUUCCUUAUUUCAGUUUCCCAUUCAGGGCCGCAUGAGUCAAACCAUUUGUUUCUGGGCAGAACUGUUGGAUUCAUCAGUUCAGCUCUAAUGUUUGACUUGAAAUCUCAAUGAGAGAAUAAAAACAUUCCAAGUGGUUGAAACUUUGAGACACCAAAAGAUUCUCUAAGACUUUGGUUUAAAUACGAGAGACUGGCUUUACUUUUUGAUGUUUUACAAUUGUGCUUUCAUUAAAGUGUUUUAGCUUCCUACUAAUUUUUAAAAUCCCAUUAUUGAUUUGAAAUAUCUUGUAAAGAUCGGUAUGAAUUUUACAGGGAAAUGUAAAAUAACUGAAAAUGAGCCAUUUAAUUUUCUAACCACUAGCUGCCAAGAUUUUGUUUUAUUGUAUUAAAC